ACCAUCGGACGACGAACUAUCUAUCUACCUACACUUUCUGACGAAACUCGACCAAACACCGGAGGCUGUUUCUUACUUAAUUUGGACUGACGUUUCUGUCGUCAUAAUUUUCUUUCUUUCGUCUCAGCCACAAGCAAAAUGGUACUCGUUGGGCUAACAACUGAAAAAGAGUUUGAAGACUUCGUCAAGCCCCUUAAGCUCUCCGUUGUGCAUUUCUAUGCCGAAUGGGCACCACAGUGUGAGCAGAUGAAUGAGGCAAUGGAGGAGCUCUCUAAGCUGUCUGAAUUUAGAGACGUUCAGUUUGCAAAAGUUUUAGCUGAGGAAGUACCUGAUGUGUCAAUGAGGCACAAGAUAACGGCAGUACCGACCUUUAUUUUAAUUGUCCAAAAGAAGGAGGUUGACCGAGUGGAUGGUGCUAACACUGCCAAUCUUAAGAAAAAAAUUGCACUGUGUCUCCGAGAUGUUCAGGAACCUUUGGUGUCAGUCCAUGCACUUCCAGAAAAUUCCAAAGCUGAUCUUGAAACUCGAUUGAAGAAGCUUAUUAAUGCUGCCCCUGUUAUGCUUUUCAUGAAAGGAUCAAGUCUUGAGCCAAAAUGCAAAUUUAGUAGAGCAAUUGUUGAUAUUUUAAACUCUUUUAAUGCAAGUUAUAACACAUAUGACAUUUUGAAUAGCGAGGAAAUCAGACAGGGAUUAAAAGAGUUCUCAAAUUGGCCAACCUAUCCUCAGCUUUACAUCAAUGGUGAGCUGAUUGGUGGCUUGGACAUUGUGAAAGAAAUGCAACAGAAUGGAGAACUGGAGUCUAUGCUGCCCAAAAAGGUCUCCUUAGAUGAAAGACUGAAAGCACUUACUAAUAAAGCUCCUGUCAUGAUCUUCAUGAAAGGAAAUCCCAGCCAACCAAAGUGUGGGUUCAGCAGGACACUUAUGGAAUUGAUGAAAGGCACAGGCAUCUCAUUUGAGACGUUUGACAUUUUGGAAGAUGAAGAAGUGCGCCAAGGACUGAAGGAAUAUUCUAAGUGGCCAACUUAUCCUCAGUUAUAUGUAAAGGGAGAACUGAUUGGUGGAUUAGAUAUCAUCAAAGAAUUGAAAGAAUCUGGUGAGCUGAUGGAGACAUUGAAAGGUUGAGAAGUUGUAACUGUAUGAAUGUGAAUUAUGUAAGUUAAUCAUAAAUGGUAAAUUAAAUUUCAUGUUUAUGAUUAUUAUCCUGGCCAAAGUAAAUUCAUGAGAACAUUUAUAAAA